AUGACCUCCGCGAAACGACCCAAAGUCAUCCUCUUCGACGUCGGCGGCGUCUGCGUCGUCUCCCCCUUCCAAUCAAUCCUCGACUACGAGCUCAGCCUGGGCAUCCCACCAGGCUGGAUCAACUACUCCAUCUCGCGCACAGCGCCCUCCGGCUUCUGGCACCGCCUCGAAACAGGCAGCAUCCCCAUGGACGCGGCCUUCUUCGCGGGCUUCAACGCCGACCUGCACGACCAGGCACGGUGGGAGGCCUUCUACCGCGCCCAGCAAGCCCGCAACCCCGCCCUGCCCAAGGAGAUCCCGCCGCUGCCGCGCCUUGACGGCGAGUGGCUCUUUCAUGACAUGAUGGCCGCCGCCCGCGCGCCCGACCCCUGGAUGUACCCGGCGCUGAGAGCGCUCAAAGCCAGCGGGCGGUACAUUGUGGCUGCCCUCAGCAACACGGUGAUUUUCCCCCCCGAGCAUGAAUACUCGCAGUGGAGCUCCGAGGAUGAUCCGCUGAGGAGUCAAUUUGACGUGUUUGUGUCGUCGGCGCACGUCGGGAUGCGGAAGCCUGAUCCGAGGAUCUACCAGCUGGCGCUCGAGAAGGUGAAUGCGUUUGCGCAGAUGAAUGCGGACACGGAGAGGGCCAAGGCCGCAGGGGGCUGGUCGGAAGGGGUGAAGCCCGAGGAGGUUGUGUUUUUGGAUGAUAUCGGGGAAAACCUGAGGGCGGCCAAGGCUGCUGGGUUCAGGACUAUAAAGGUACCUCUUGGGAGAGCGUACGAGGCGGUCGAGGAGUUGGAGAAGAUCACGGGCUUGGCCCUGGCAGGUGAUCAUCCCAAAAUUCCGGUGAAGCCAAAUUUCAAGCGCACCAAAGCAAAGAUUUGA